AAGUUCUAAUUGGGGGCACGCUAAUCACCAUCGACCUGCGGGAUGAGGCGUCUUAGAACAGCUGUGAGGAUGAUUCGGUACUUGCCCAUUUCUGCUUCUCCUCCACCCUGCCCAAGACAAAGCUCCCUUCCCAAACUCGCCAUGUAUCCACGUGGCCGUCGCCUCCAUAUACUCGCUCAGCAGCUCCGCCACUACCGCCCCUCUGGUCCCGACGAAUCCGUGCUCGAUGACCGCGACAAAGUCUCCUCCACCGCCGUCCUCCCGGUUUCCUCCGCCUCUGACGAUAUCCGGCGCUCUACUCCCUCCUCCGCGCGGGCUGCCGUCCUCGUUUGCAUCUUCGAGGGAGACUGCGGCGACCUGCGCGUCAUCCUCACCAAGCGCUCCUCCAACCUCUCCACCCACUCCGGAGAGGUGUCGCUUCCGGGAGGGAAGGCAGAGGAGCGUGACGCCGACGACCGGGAGACGGCGUUGAGGGAGGCCAAAGAAGAGAUCGGUCUCGAUCCCUCCAUCGUCACCGUCGUCACAAAUCUUAAACCCUUCUUGUCUAAGCAUCUCCUGCGAGUUACCCCUAUAAUCGGAAUCUUACCUGAUAAGCAAUCAUUCGUACCUCUAUUAAACGCCUCCGAGGUGGAUGAAAUGUUCGAUGCGCCACUAGAGAUGUUCUUGAAGGAGGAGAAUCAUAGAUCGGAGGAACUGGAAUGGGAAGGGGGCAAAUCUUUGUUCCAUUUCUUUGAUUACAUGACAGGGAAGAAGACGUAUCUGAUAUGGGGAAUGACUGCUAACAUCCUAAUUCGAGCCGCAUCGAUUGUGUACAAGAGACCGCCGGCCUUCUCCGAAUAUUUGCCGAAGCUGUAAAUCCCCUGCUGCUUCCAUCGAGAUCAUUUUGUUCCGGAAGAUAAUAAUUUGAAGAAGAAUCUGUAAGCAAACCAUUUUCCCGUUCAAGUAUCUUAUUGAAUACUUUUGAAGAUUUGAAUCAGAGCAUGGAAAGGAUGCUGGAAUUAGCUUGUAAAUGAAGAUAUGGUGUAUCUGAAGAUUCUUAAUUAAAGUAUUUCAAAUUUAGUGACUA